AUGCCUGGAAGGGACGUUGCGUUGAAACUAGCUCAGCAUUAUGUUGACCAGGUCUAUCCAAGACUUCCAUUCUUUUCCAUCCAAGGAUUCUUGGCACAGUUCAACAUCGUUUUCCCCACAAGCGUCUCCCCAUCUACGUCCGACGGCACCGCUCCUCAAAACCAUGGAGGGAAGGGCACUGCAGACGUUGAUCAGGGGAACAGCUACUUCACCGUGCUGAUCGUACUUGCUAUCUCAUCCUCGAGCCUGGCUCGAAGUGCGGACAGUCUCAUAUCGACUCAAGCCCAGAGGCUCUUGAAUCGCGCCCUCGAAUACCGAGAAUCCGCUGUGCGACCUAAUACUAUUGUCGGCGUCCAGUCGUUGUUGUUUCUGAUCCAAUAUGCGAUGCUGAACCCUUCGGCUCUGGAUGCUUGGUGCCUGAUUGGAGUCGGAAUGCGCCUGCAUCAAGACCCUCAACCCCCCGACUCCAUCAGUCCCAGCCUUCUGGAAACGCGGCGGAGAUUAUGGUGGAGUAUGUACUCGUUUGAUAGAUCCAUGAGCCUAAGCUGUGGCCGGUCGACUGAGAUAUCAGACUGUGUAAUUGGUGCUCUGUUGCCCAGUUUCCGUAUUGAGUCCGUCGCGACAGAGGCCGAUAUCCAAGGAUACCUCCAGCGGUAUCGUGCCCUCCAGCUCCAAUCCAAAAUCUACGACUCUUUGAACAGAAAGCCACAGAGAGGUACCAUGCCUUCCGACCAGAUCAUUACUGCUCUCAAAGCCGAGUUGGACUGGUGGGAAAAGGAGAAUAUACCCACAUACAGCAGUAAAGGACUUGUAGAGAGCGAAUUGUCAAUGGGCAAGAUGCUCUUAUAUCGUCCUUGCAGCAUUGUCCCCGAAAGAUCGGUGGAGGAGAGCAUGGAGCUCUGGGCAGCCUCGCUCGGCUUCGUGGCCAUAUAUCGCCAGCUAGUCGAGUCGAACAGCAUAUUUUACGUCCAGAUUGCAUCCGAAAAGACCUAUUGGGCCGGUCUUGCCAUAUUAUACAGCUUUUGGAGGCUGUGUUCUCUUUCUUUGUCUAGAGAGGAAGCAGCAAGACGAGCUGCCAUUGUGAGGCAAACGGAUCUGUGGAAAGCCAUCCAAGAUGUAAUGUUUAUUCUGCGGACCUUGAGCGAGCGAUGGGAAGAUGGCAGGAUCCUGGCCAAGCAAUUUGAAAAGACGAGCACUUUCGCCAUCGCAGUAGCGGAGAGCGGAAUGAAGGGACUUCCAAAUACGCUGGAGGUGCCUCGGGAGAUUCGAACGUUCGGAUCGUAUGCCAGCAUGACGAGCAUACGGGCCUCGAAAGAGCGUGAUGGCCUCAUUCAGCGGGAUCUAGACCUGCAGCAGUUUGUUGCUGAGAUGAUUGAGAUCUCGUAG